AAAAACUGAUUGAGGGCCUCAAAUCUCCUGAGCCUGCUCUUCUGCUCCCUGAGCUCCUGCCUCUCGCUGACCCCUUCGGUAGCACCUCAGACGCUGUGAAUGGAAAAGCUGACGUAGCCGUCGAGAGUCUCAUCCCAGGCCUCGAGGCUCCUGUGCCCCAGCGCCUCGUGUCCCAGAGCGAGUCCGUGGCCUCCAACAGGACAGACUCUCUCACUGGGGAGGACUCUCUGCUUGACUGUUCUCUGCUUUCUAACCCUGCUGCUGACCUCCUGGAUGAGUUUGCUCCUGUAGCUUUUGCAGCUCAGCCUCACAAAGAAGAUACUAACCUGAUAUCAGGCUUUGAUGCUCCUGAGGGCUCUGAAAAAGGGACAGAAGAUGAGUUUGACCCAAUUCCAGUGUUGAUAUCCAAAAACUCACAAGGUGUGCAGAGGGAUCCAGGCCUGUUCCCAGCUGCAGCUCUUGGGAAAGGAGAUCCUGGCAGGGAUGGACUCGCUCUGUACAAGGGGCAGUCUGAGAUGCUGGAGGGGAAAGCACAGCACAACUCAGAGUCAGACUACUUAGCCAGAGAUGGUCCUUCAAGCAACAGCUCCUUCUACAGCAGCGAAGGAGAGGGGACAGACCACGAGGGAGACAUCCUGGACUGCAGUGGCUCCAGACCUUUGCUGAUGGAUUCGGAGGAGGAGGAGGAGACCUGCAAGCUGUGCCCAGGGUUCCUGCAGCCUGUGCCCGGGGAGAGGCAGGAGGCUGCCCAGUGCCAGGGCAGAGCAGAGGAGAUGCUGUUCCCAGCCUUCCAGUCCCACACCGGGGAGGUGUUCAACGAACCAGACGUUUUCGCCACGGCUCCUUUCCGCAGCUCCAGGAAAGUGCCUGAGGAGGUGGAUGUCUUCACCAAGGCUCCUUUCAUCUCCAAGGGCAACGCUGCUCUACGGCUCCCAGAAGAAGCAGACGUGUUCCUGAGAGCUCCUUUCACCAAGAAGAGGAGCAUGGAGGAGCUGACAUCCCACAAGGAGCACUUUGCUCCUCCUGCUCUGCUGGGCCAAGGGAGCGAUGGCCAGCACAGAGCUCACCCCGCGACCUCGGCGAGGUCUCCGUAUCCUCCUGCUGGUUUCACUCAGCCAGGAAACCUCCAGGUGUGCCCAGUGAGGGCUGUGGAGGCCCAGGAGAGCAGCCCUGCCAAGGCAGUGCCACAGGAGCAGGACGAGCACGGCCAGGGCAAACCGUUCCGUCCGCAGGCUCUGUCCAAGUAUUCCCGUCACUACAGCCCCGAGGAUGGGCCUGGCCUGGAGGCCAAGCCCAUAGCUGCUUACAAAGUGGUGUCUCAGACCAACAGGCAGGCCAUAGCAGGCUCUGUGUCUGUUGCUGCCUCGCUGUCUUCCAGGACUACGGAGCUGCCCGGCGCGGAUCCCUUCGCCUCGGCGCCCUUCCCUUCCAAAGUGGGAAAGCAGAAGCCUUAA